GUCUGUAUUUCGCCCCAUUGUGUUACCGAUCUUCCAUUUGAACUCAUCGUGAGCUUCGUUGUACAUCGUUGUACAUCGUUUUAGUGCCGUUGUUCGUUAUUUUUUAUAAUAAUUAAACAUGCGUUUCUCGUGUAGUGUUGUGUUAGCCGUUGCCGUCUUACCGUAUUGCUUAAACGCUGCCGUCGUGUCCGGCCGACAAAAUCAAAUUACCGAAGGAGAUCGAGAAGGUCGUUCAAUUAAUGACGGUAAUUGGGCUCUUGUAACUAAAAUUUCAGAGGAAUGCGCAAAGGAUCAGGAUACUACUGCUUGUUUGGCUGUUAAGGCAGCAGCUGCUUUUGAAAGGGCUGCUCGUCUUGGAGAUGUCCAAGUAUUCCCAGGAGUAAUGCUCGCCAAAAAUUCAGUAGAUUCUCAACGUGAUUCCCGUGCUUUGCCUACCGAAGAAGAACUCCGUGGUCAAUUGCCCGAAGAUGCCGAAGAAAAGACUUCCAAAGUUACUGGAAUGGUCGUCGACUCAGCCCUUAGAUUUUUACAAUCACGAACUCUUCAAUUACAAUUCCCUCAAACUAAUGCUGAAGAACUUUCUAGGGCUAUUGAAGAAGGCCGCGGUAAAUUGAAGAAGAAGGUAUUGCCUAUUGUUGGUUUAUUGGCUGUUAAAAUCUUCGCUAUACUUCCAGUUCUUUUGGGAAUAAUUGGAUUUUUCGCUUUAAAAGCUUUAGUAUUCGGAAAAUUAGCUCUACUCAUCGCUGGUGUCUUAGCUUUACAAAAAUUCGCUGGAUCGUCAAGUGGAUUCGGUAAAAUCGCUGAAGGAUGGAGUGGCGCUAGUGCCGGUGCUUCCUGGCCAUCAUCCGGCUCUCCUAGUAACGGUGGUUACUACAGGCGUAGCAUGGAAGCACAACAAAUGGCCUACAAUGGACAAUUACAGCCUUCUGUUGUUUCUCCAACAUCUGCGUAAUAAGUGCUAAUUCCAUUUCAAAUCUUUUUUAGACAAUUUUUUUUAAUUUAUGAUGAUUUUUAAAAAUUUUUUUACUAUAAAUAUUAUUGUAAUUAGAAUAAUUGAGUAGAGCGGGUUAUGAAGUAACCAAUUUAAAAUUAUAUUGUAAGUCAGUUUAAUCUUGCCAAACUUACCAACAAUAUAAUAAGAUAAAAAUGUAGGUUGAUGCUCUAUUGGGGCCGAGUAACUUUUUGCCAUAUUAGCAUUAAGUUUUUACCAUUAACGAAUGUAAAUGACUUUUUAAUUUUUACAAAAAUUAACAUCUGUUAAAAAGUUAUCGGCUUAUAUUUGGCCAUUGUGGCUGAUUUAUUUUAAACACAAAAAUAAUUAGAUUAUUACGUGUAAACUCUACGAGUUAAUCUAUAAUUUUUUUUUUUUACUUAGUAAAUUAAUUUGAUAAAAAUAUGUAUGCAUGUCAAUUAAUUAAAGCAUUGUAAAUACUUAUGAAUGUCAUAAU